AGUUGUUAAUGCGCAUACGCAGUAUGCACUCAUAGAAUUAUGGGUAAUUUAUUGCAAACUUAUUGGUCAUAUGGUUUUAAAAUUAUCAUAUUUAUAAAUUUUUAUGAGAAUGAGCACUAAACUAACAAAGUAAAACAAAAAUUUGUCAUUAAUGAUCUUGUCAACUAUAUAUAAUUAAAUAAAAUUUUCAGUUUUAUAAAUGAAUUUUCACAUUUAUUACAAAUAAAAAAGUUUGAUUAAUAAUGUUUAAUGAUAAAAAUAUCUUUAAGUUUCGUUUCUAUAUCAAAUAGUCUUAGCGAAAAAAAGAGAGCAAAAGAUGAAUGAGAAAAUAAGACAAAGACAACUUGAACACGUGGGUCGAGCUAACCUAUUUUAGAGUAUGGUCGAAGGAAAAAACGUGUGAAAAGUUUUAAUAUUAUUUAAAAAUGGGAAAACAAAAGAGAGAGAGAAGGAAACCUCAUAAGGAAAAUCCUACGGGACUCCCAUCUGUUAAAGACUUUCUGAAAACAGAAACUGAGAAUGUUGCAAACGAAGAUCGAGAAAUUGCUUUACAGCGAGUAUACGAAGAAAUACAAUCCGCUAACGUUGAAGAAAAAUUAUCGGGGUUGCAAACAUUGGAAUCAAUGUCCUGUGAUUCAGGACUUGCCACGCAAAUUGCACAAGAUGGAAUUGCUAAAAUGAUAGGACCAUUACUUGUUGAUGGUAAUGUACUUGUAAGAGCAGGGAGUGCCAGUGCUUUAAGGCACAUUGCAGAUAAUGGAAUUGUAGAAGCACAUGAGAGUUUAAUGAAGGAUGACAUCAUGACCCCACUCUGUUGUUUAUUAAAACAAUAUUAUACGGACUGGCAACCAACAUUAAAUGAAAGUGAAAAAAGCAAAGUAAAUGAUGAGAAAGAAGCUUUUGUCCAAGCAAUCACAUUGUUAUGGACAUUGUGCGAAAAUAAUGAAUGUGCAAUAAAAUAUUCCAACGAAGAGGAUCUUGUAUCUAUUUUAACAAAAUUCUUUGACAUUACCAUUUAUGGUAUGGAAAUUGUUACAGUUAUUGUACAAUGUUUAUUAUCUUUGUCAGAAGACAAUUCUGCUGCUAUUAAAAAACUUAAAGAUCAUGAAAGUACACUUAUACAAUUAUUAAAUUUGGAGUCAAACAGUGCCAAUAACUCUGAAGUAACAUGCCUUAAAACUGCUGUAUCUGCAUUGUUAAUUAAUAUAUCUAACUGCAUGGAUAACAGUCUUACAAGUACUAGCUCCAGUACAAUAAUUUGUAAAGCGAUAACUGUCCUCUCUGAAACACUUUCCAUUGAUUGCAAACAAAUUUUAUGUGAGUUGACGUCCAUUUUACCUCAUGAAAAAAAAGCUUUCUCAAUUAAACACAAGAAGAAAGUACAGGGAAGUAGAAAGCUAAUUGGAGCUCAACAACAAGCAUUGGAAAUUUUAACUAACUUAUGUUCAGAAGAUCAAGAAAAUGAAAAUGACUCGGAUUUGGAAGAUUCAGACCUUGAGAGUGAUGGUAUAAAUGAUGUUUGCAUGGAUGAUAAAUUAUGUAAACUAAACUUAUCUCUACCUCUAGAAAUAAUUGAAGUUUUUAAUAGUUGUGACAUAAUUAAAAAGGUAUGGGACAAGACUAUGGCUGUGGAAAAAGAUACAGUAGAAAUAUUGGAACAGAAUGUUGAGGGAAGAGCUGUAUUGCAUCAAAUGCACACUCUAAUAUGUAGAGCAUAUCUAUGUUUAAAUAAUUUAGUAUCAUAUUUAGAAAUUGAUGCGUUUGGUGGUUUGGAAAAUAUAUAUAGGAUGUGGCUCAACAUUGGAACUGUUGUCUUCAAAGAUGCAAAGCCUAAUGAUACUGAGUUAUUAGAAUCUGCUACCGCAGCUAUGAGGGCAAUUCUUCAACGAUUAUCCGAAGUUAAACCAAAUAUUUUUAACCAAUUAACAUUAGUUGAUUUGCAGCCAAUGUUAAACGGAGAACGGCAAUGUACUAAUGCAAAUAUUCGCGCAAAUCUCAUACGUAUAUUAGGAAACAUUGCUUUAAUUUUAAGAAGUAAUAAUACUCCUGAAGCCAAUGAAUUAGUCAAAGAAGUCACAGUGUCCUUAUUAAGCAGUUGCAUGAUGGAAUCCAAAGCCUGGGUUAUUGCAGAAUCUCUAGAUGCAGUAAUGGAUAUAUAUGCAGAAGAUGACAGCGAUCAGUUAGCGAAUGAAAUCAAACUAGUGGAGAAAUUACGUGAAUUAGUACCAAUUUUUAAAAAUAAGGUACGAGAACAAAAAAAGACUUUGGGAGACAAUGUCGCGAUCGUGUCUACAGUCAAUGCGAAUAUCGUAAGAUUUAUAAAAUAUAAAGUGAAAAGGAUGAGUAUUGUGUAAAAAAAACUAACAACGUUAACUGGAACUUAUUUUACUCCGUGUUUUUAUAUGACUAUUAAUAUUCUCUCAAGAAGUAUACUAUUGCUAUACUACUGAUAUUUACAUUAUAUUUAUUUCUAAUAGAUAUAUUAACAUGUUCGCUACUAACGUCAUAUAUUUAUGACGGAUAUAAUCCCAUACUGUAUACAAAGAAACAGAAAUAAAUCUUACAGAUAUUAUUUAAAGUUAUAAGAUUCUGUUUUAUAUUUAGGAACUCAUUGAUUUGUUUUAAUUUAAUUGUUUCAAUACUUUGUUUAGAAGACUUGUUGGCUCGAAUAAAAUAUUACAAUUGUGAGGAUCAUGUACCGAAACAAACGCUGGUAGCGAAGCUGUUAAUAUAUUCAUUUGAUUUGAUGAAUAUCUAUACAAUAAAUUUUGUAAAUAUUACAAUU